GAAAUUAAGAUCAAAUGUAGUGCAUACAGUUUAUUUCAUCUGUGGUUUAUUCUGGUCGUACAAUGCUGAGCAAACAGAAGGGGGCGGGAUGCUUCAAACGAUGCAAUUUUGCCGCACUUGUCUUGAAGUCCUGUGCAGGUAAUUUUUUCCACCAGUAAUCACCCUAGCAACAACAAACAGUGCAGCUCCGCCGACAGCGCCAAUGAGCUCCGUACGCUGCCUCUUUCCUCACUUCCUCUAUCCGUCCAGGGCUUGGCUUGGUACUCUUCAGCUAGUGGGCAGCCAUCUUGGAUCCAGCAAUCAGGCAUACGUUACUUUGGAGAUGGGAGGAAUCGAUCCGACAGCGGGUCUUUCAGGGAACCAUCAUUCUUGAAAACGGGACAGUGCACGUCGGAAGCCGAAAACAAACCGGACCCAAACCUGCGUUGUUCAGCGUCGACCUGGCAACAACAUAUGAAACCGGUUUUACUUGAAUCCCCUCCCCUUUUUCCUUGUCUGAAUGCAGUGCAAUUGAUGAGGGCCUAUUUAGCUGGUGUCUGUGUGCUCCGUUCACUUUAACUGCAAAAGACCAGGGGCUUCUGAAAUACUGAUCGAGAGCGCACUCUCACAUAAGACUAUGCCUUGUUUUCGGGUGGCCUACUUUGUGUGAAGAAAGUAUUAUUUUUUGUCUUGUUUUUCUUCGUAGCCAACACAGAUAAAGACCUCCCUUCAGCCGGGGUUCUGAGUUCUGCAGAAAUAUGCAGUUCGAUAUCUCGCUCGAUUAGUCUGUUCGGAUAUCCUCAGACGCAAGUUUGCUGGAAGUUUGCUUUGGACUGCCGUCGAUUUAUUUUUCCUCAUCGAAUCGAUGGUCUUCUCCAGAAGUGAGCAGUCAACUGUCUGCCUCUCACCUCUCUGACCAAGGUGCUGCAAAAUCAACACGGAAUCAGAAACAGUUCGGGAAGCUAAAUCUUAAUGAAAAACAUGUCAACAAGAACACCACUACCUACAGUCAAUGAGCGGGAUACCGAGAACCACACCUCGCACAGCGAUGGGCGGGCGGAGGUUCCAACCCGCCCCGGCCGCUCGGGAGCCCGCUGCCGGAACUCCAUCGCCUCCAGCGCCGACGAGCAGCCUCACAUCGGCAACUACCGGCUGCUGAGGACCAUCGGCAAGGGCAACUUCGCCAAGGUCAAGCUGGCGCGCCACAUCCUCACGGGCAGAGAGGUUGCAAUAAAAAUCAUCGACAAGACGCAGCUGAAUCCUACCAGUCUUCAGAAGCUUUUCAGGGAAGUAAGAAUAAUGAAGAUCUUAAACCAUCCAAAUAUAGUGAAGCUGUUUGAGGUCAUUGAGACGGAGAAGACCCUGUACCUGGUAAUGGAGUACGCCAGUGGAGGAGAGGUCUUCGACUACCUCGUAGCACAUGGAAGAAUGAAGGAAAAGGAGGCCAGGGCUAAAUUUAGACAGAUUGUGUCGGCAGUGCAGUAUUGUCAUCAAAAACACAUAGUACACCGAGAUCUUAAGGCUGAGAACCUGCUCCUGGACGCAGACAUGAACAUCAAGAUCGCCGACUUCGGCUUCAGCAACGAGUUCACGUUAGGCAACAAGCUGGACACGUUCUGCGGCAGCCCGCCCUACGCUGCACCCGAGCUCUUCCAGGGCAAGAAGUACGAUGGGCCCGAGGUGGACGUCUGGAGCCUGGGGGUCAUCCUUUACACGCUGGUCAGCGGCUCACUGCCCUUUGACGGACAGAACCUGAAGGAGCUACGGGAGAGGGUUCUGCGGGGGAAGUACCGGAUCCCCUUCUACAUGUCCACCGACUGUGAGAACCUCCUCAAGCGUUUCCUGGUGCUAAACCCGGCCAAACGGGGAACACUUGAGCAAAUAAUGAAGGACCGCUGGAUCAACGCAGGCUGUGAGGAGGACGAGCUCAAGCCCUUCAUAGAGCCAGAACUGGACAUAUCGGACCAGAAGAGAAUAGAUAUUAUGGUGGGGAUGGGCUACUCUCGGGAGGGGAUCCACGAGUCCCUGGCGAGGAUGAAGUAUGAUGAGAUCACCGCCACUUACCUGCUCCUAGGGAGAAAGUCAACCGAGCUGGAGGCCAAUGACUCGAGCUCCAGCAGUAACCUCUCACUGGCCAAAAUCAGGCCCAACAGUGAGCUGAACAAUGGCCAGUCACCCUCCCACCUCAAGGUCCAGAGGAGCAUUUCCUCCACCCAGAAGCAGAGGCGCUAUAGCGACCAGGCCGGCCCACCUGUUCCCUCGGGGGUGGGUUACCCCAAGAGGAGCCAGACCAGCACAGCCGACAACGACCUCAAAGAGGAGGGCGGGGUGCAGCCGCGCAAGUCCAGCACGGCAGGGGGGCGCAGUGCCGCCCCGCCCAGCCCCAUGCUGGGCACCGCCAGCAACCCCAAUAAGGCCGACAUUCCCGACCGCAAAAAGGGCUCCGCCGCCCCCAACAAUAACUCUGUGUCUGGAGGGAUGACCAGGAGAAACACGUACGUGUGCAGCGAGAGGAACGCCACAGACCGCCUCUCUGUCAUACAGAACGGAAAGGAGAACAGCACGGCGGGGCCGCCCGGCCAGCGGAACCCGGUGGCGUCCACCCACAGCAUCAGCAGUGCCACCACACCGGACCGGCUGCGCUUCCCGCGCGGCACGGCCAGCCGCAGCACCUUCCACGGCGGCCAGCUGCGGGAGCGCCGCACCGCCACCUACAAUGGCCCGCCCGCCUCGCCCACCCUGUCGCACGAUGCCACGCCCCUGUCCCAGACGCGCAGCCGCGGCUCCUCCAACCUCUUCACCAAGCUCACCUCCAAGCUCACGCGCAGAAACAUGUCAUUCAGGUUUACCAAAAGAGUCCCACCAGAGUUUGAGAGAAACGGGAGAUUUGAGGGCUCAAGUCGCAAUGUAUCUGGGGAUCAAAAAGAUGAAAACAAAGACGGCAAACCCCGCUCCCUCCGAUUUACCUGGAGUAUGAAGACCACCAGCUCCAUGGAGCCCGGCGACAUCAUGCGGGAGAUCCGCAAGGUCCUGGACGCCAAUAACUGUGACUAUGAGCAGCGCGAGCGUUUCCUGCUCCUCUGUGUGCACGGCGACGGCCACGCCGAGAGCCUGGUCCAAUGGGAGAUGGAGGUCUGCAAGCUGCCCCGCCUCUCACUCAACGGCGUGCGCUUCAAGCGGAUAUCCGGAACAUCCAUCGCGUUUAAGAACAUAGCUUCCAAAAUUGCCAAUGAAUUAAAGUUGUAA